GAUGGCGCUCAAAUUGCGGCGUCACUCAGCUGUUUCUUACAUUUAUAUUGAAUCUUCAUUACAGACAAAUAAUAACUUAGAUUUUAUCGCUGAUUAAAAUGCCGGGAGACGCAGAAAACACGAGUACCGACACCACAAAUGACCAAAUCGACCUGUCCAUGUACCGGAAGCUGGUCAAACAGUUUAUUGACAUGCGUCGAUACUCCUCGGCCCUUUUCUGGGCGGAAAAGGUGGCCGUCCUUAGCGGCCAGGAGCCCCGGGAUUUGUACUACCAGGCACAGUGCAUGUACCUGCUCGGCGAGUUCCAUCGCGCCGCUCACACCAUUCAGCACCACAAACUGGAGAAGAACUCUCUUCCCUGCUUUAAUCUCCUCCUGGAAAGCCUCUAUGCAGCGAAGGAGUAUGGUGAAGCGGCAACUGCCAUCCAGAAUGUGGAGGUGGAGGUGAUGACCACGUCGCUCAUCAACCAGCCCAUGGACGCCGGCAGCGGCUGCUAUUUGGAAACCAACAGCGUUUUCGGAGGCGAGGAGAACCAUAGAAACGAGCUUCUGGCCUCCAUUUACCUGAUGAAGGGCAAGGUGUACGAGGCCCUGGAUAAUCGCGGCAUGGCCAUGGACUUUUACGUGCGGGCUCUGCACAAAUCCAUAUACUGUUUCGAAGCUCUGGAGGCCUUGGUGCAGCACGAAAUGUUGAUGGCCUGGGAGGAAUUCGAGUUGAUGCAUCAUUUGCCUCUAGCCCAGCAAUCCAGCGAAACAGACGCCAAGUUUAUUUUAAAACUCUACGAGUCUCGGUUGAAGAAGUACUAUGAGUUGAUAUCCGCCAGGAACGCCGAAGAGAUUUCGCCGAUAGUCAAUCCGGAUGUACUGAAGUUCAUAAAGGAGUUCACUGCCCGAGUGCAGCAAACCUGUUCCUCGGACAUACACAUGCCCAAAGUAAGCGCCCUCAAGGUGCCACUCACGCCCAGCCAGUUUAUGUCUCCUGCCCAGAAAGUGUUGGAUGAUCUUAAGGCGCCAACUUUCUCGCUCCAGACAAGUCUGUCCAGAGCCUCCUCCCUCAUAGACGCUUCGCAACGCUCCAUGUUCGACUCCUCUAGUCGUCGCCGAUCGCGCGAUUUGGAUGCUGACACAUUGAUUCCUCUGGGGGAGUGCCUGAAUCGAGUGCAGCGCAGUACGGACAUGAUGGCAGCCGAGGCGGAAAAGUGUUUUUACGAUUGCGAUUACAAACAGUGCCUUAAAAUAUUAAAUGAGUUACUUAAAGUAGACCCUUUCCACAACAACGCCUUGACAAUCCAGAUAGCUUGCUUGGUGGAGAACGGCGACUUCAACCGACUGUUUUAUGUGGCUCAUAAGCUGGUGGAUCGCUAUCCCGACAAGGCGAUAUCCUGGUAUGCUGUGGGCUGCUACUACGACAUGAUUGGCAAGAGCGACCCAGCCCGGCGCUACUUAAGCAAGGCCACUUCAUUGGAUCGACUCUAUGGUCCUGCCUGGCUAGCUUAUGGCCACAGUUUCGCCAACGAAAAUGAACACGAACAGGCCAUGGCCGCCUAUUUCAAGGCCACCCAGCUGAUGCGUGGAUGUCACCUGCCGCUGCUUUACAUAGGCGUUGAAUGCGGACUCACGAAGAACCUGGAACUGGCGGAGAAGUUCUUCCUCCAGGCCAUGAACAUUGCUCCACUGGAUGUGUAUGUGCUUCAUGAGCUGGGUGUGAUCAAGUACGAGUAUGAGUUCUACGACGGUGCUGCCACAAUAUUUCAGUGCACUGUGGAUAUAGUGAAGCAAAUGGCUAAGACGAACAAUGAGGAGAUUUCGGCGCGAUGGGAGCCGCUUUUCAUAAAUCUGGGCCAUUCCCUGCGCAAAGUUCACAAGUACGAGGAGGCUCUGUACAACUUUCAAUAUGCCCUUCUCCUUAAGCCGCAGAGUCCCACCACCUACACGUCCAUUGGCUUCAUUCACGCCCUGCUAGGCAAUCUUGAUGCAGCUAUUGAAGCUUUCCACAAGAGUCUGGCCCUGAACAGGGACUGCAUUGUGACUUCCACUAUUCUGAAGAGCUGCAUUGAGGAUCUGAUGGACGACACGGCUACCAUAGAUGAGAUUUGCAGCGCCGCUCUCAAGGACGUGGCCAAAACGAUUACGGCCAACAGUAGCCGGGUGCUCAAUUCCGAUAAAUUCAAUGGCAUGAAACUGAAGUUCGAGGAGGAGGAAGAAUACACAAACUCGGACUCCAAUAUGGUGGUGGAAAUGAGCUUCGAUACCUAAAGAAACCAAAGGCCAAGACUCCGAUCAUUAGCCCGGCAAACAUGUUCCAUGCACUUGAACCUAAUUCGUGCCCACGAUGGCAAACACAGAUGUUUAUGCUUCUGAACUGGCUAAUGAGCCGGAGUCUUGGGAUUUCUGGGCUCUGUUUUUUCCCCACCACCCACAAAUACUUAUUUGAAGUCGGCCGCCAAGUGAUUAUAAAGUUUAGUAUUUAAGAAACGCGCAAAAAGCCGCAAUUGAAUCAUAUUUGUGUGAAGCUGCCAAGAGUGGUUCUACCGACCAAGCUCUCCAAAACCAUCAGUCUGUAACAUUAGCAUGUAGUUUGUAUUACUUCGUAAUUAAAUUAGCCUAGAUGUAAACGAGGAAUAAUAUUCCAAAAUUUGUGAGCACGUA